AUGGGAGCUGAUCAGUCGGACGACAAUUUUCCGGAUUCUGGCAGCGAGGAUGAUGAGCUGGACGACGAAGAUCUAUGGGUGCCGUAUGACUCGGGAGAGGAGAUUGGAAACCCCUGGAACUUCAAUGUGCUGGAUGGCUACACGUUAGUUUUGUAAUUGUCAAUUUAGAGGUACAUAUGCAGAAACAGCUUUUUUGCUGAAAACAAAUUCCUAUAACGGUCAUGUUAUGACUUCUAGGCUACUGACACCUAAUAAUUUGAUAAUGUGAUGUGCAACUAACCAUGGGGUUUCAAUCCUCACAGUACGUGUGCUAAGCAUGCUUGCAAUAGGCAUAGUUGUCAGGGUGAACAAGUUUUAAGUUUGUUUUUGGCGGUUUUCAUCUUGGUUCGUGAUAUUUAAUGUUAAAAACGACACAUAUUGACCAUUUUCUAGCUAGUAACUAUAAAAAUUGAGCCGGGCCGGGCCGAAGAAUCACAAGUAUGGCAGUAAGUUGCGAGGAGCCUUCUCCGACAAAACGGCCCCACAUAAUGCAAAUUUCAACAGUGUUUUGUUACAUAUAUAAUUAAGGAAAUAAGACAAAGUUUAAAUUUUUGCAGUGAUCUCAAGUACCCGUACGUCAAGGCCAACAAGAUCAAAGUUCACAAACCGAAGUAA